AUGGCACAAGAAUCCAUUCUGACACAGAACAUUCCUCUGGAAUAUUUCCCAGCACCCACAGAGGAAGAAAUCCAUCCAUGGUAUCAGGCAUCUCACGUAGUCCUAAAUCAGCCACUCCUCAGAACCUGGGAUGUCCACUCGGCCGUCCAGCCAACAUCAACAAACUGCAUGUAUUCAAGAUGUCCAUGUCAACUACUAGAUACUUUCGAGGCCCGGGCAUUAUCGUUAGCCAUCCACGCCCAUGACAACAACCAGACACCAACACCGUACAUCUCAUUCACCACCUGCGCAGGGGUUGCACGGAGACUUGCCCUAACAAGGGCCAGGAAGAGAGGCUCUCAGAUGCUUACGGUUAUCAAUCCAAGGGUCCGAGCGGCCCACGGUCGAUACCUUCUCAGUGCGGCUAGUGAAUUGCAUUACUACGGGGUAAGAGACCCACACGGUACGACCUAUCAAGACUAUCAAGAUGAAUACCUCUGCCUCUGGGUGGUUGAAGAAGAAGAGGUUGUUGGACAUUGGGAAUGGGACGAGCUUGUUGAGGUGGAUGAUUGGUACGAGGCCAUCAUUCUGCCUGCGUUUACAGCGCAUGACGAAAGAUUUAACGCUCGUCUCUUGGGAAUAAAUCCAGGUGUUUGGUCCGAUACAUCUGCGAGUGCUGGGUUGACAUCAAGAGACCAAACCAGUAGAUGGGAUGAAGAUAAUUCCCUUGAUAUAGAAUACUCAUCUGGCCAGCAUCAGUACUUGUCGGGUGAGGGAUAUAACGGGUCAUUUGAGGAUUAUCUUGGUUUGAGCGACAGUUACUACGAGGCUGAGGCUAACUCAAUCGGUUAUUUGCUCAACCCCUCCGAGGAUUAUUAA